AGCCCAUAUACAAAAUCAUAUAUUGUUCUUUCUUCUUCCCUCAACUAUACAAAAAAGCCAUGGCUAGCAACAACUUUUCUUUAAUUUUCUCACUUCUCAUCAUCGGUGCCGUUCUCUGCUCCACUACUACAGUUGUCGUCGGCACUCCCCCUGGUCCUCGGGGAGGUGCACCUUUUCCGCCUAUUCAUAAUCCAGUAGGAACCUCGCCACAGCUCAACAAGGUGGCAGGCCGCCGUGGAUUACUAAGUGUUCCUGGUGCUAGCCCUAACACUGAUUUACUUGCAAGCCCGUAUAAUAAUCUAGUACAAGUGUCGACACCAUCCUCCCUCAAGUCGCCAAACUCGCCAGCUCAUGGAUCACCAAAAGGCGGUAUACCGACGCCACCCUCCCCCAAGUCACCAAACUCGCCAGCCCAUGGAUCACCAAAAGGCGUUCCUGGUGCUAGCCCAAACACUAAUUCACUUGCAAGCCCGUAUAAUAAUCUAGUAGAAGUUCCGGCGACACCCUCCAAGUCGCCAGUCCAUGGAUCACCAAAAGGCGCACCACCUCGCGCUUGAGCGGCGCCACAAAAGAUAAGUAGAGAAGCAGUAAAUAAAUAAGCAGCCCUUUAAUUUGCAGACUACUUCACAGCUGGAAGGAUUUACUACUAAUCAUUAUGAAAUAUUUCCAGUUCAUCCAUCUAUCUGCACUCAGUGUAUAUAUAAUAAAUGUAUGCAUAUGCAUGUGGUGUUGUACUUUGGGGAAAAGAAAACAAAUGUAAUCCUACGUGUGUAAUUUGAUUAUAUUAAUGAAAAAAAAAUGAUGGGGUUGCUUUCAA